CCCAGCACCGUCUCCUGUUUCCUCAUUACCGCCGUCACCGCCGCCGUCACCGCAACCGCCGUCGCCACAGCCGCCGGUCGUCGCUGCAGUGGCCCUAACGGCGGUGCUGCAGGCGUCGCAGCAGCGCUUCUGCGGCUGGGGGCUGUGGCCUGCAGGUGUGAACGACAUCACCACCCCGCCCGCCCUGGAGUGCCCCGGAUCACCCGCUGCUGAGGCGGCCUCCGCUGCAGCCAACACCACCACCAACGCAGCCGGCGGUACGAGCAGCGGCACCCCUGCCUCCGCAUCCGCCUGGUGGCUUCCGCUGGCACUGUCUGCAGCGGGGGGCAGCAGCAGCAGCAGUGGUGGUGGUGGUGACAGCGGCAGUGGUGGCGGUGGCAGUGGCUUGGUGGUGUUGGGCGGCCCGGCGGCAACCCCGCAGACGCUUCCGCUGCCGCUGCCCCUGCCCGCCGCCUCCUGGUCCCUGCGCCGGCCCGGCUUCACGGAGAUGUACCUGGCCAGCUACGACCCGCAGCCCCUCACCACGACGUCGGCGGGCGCUGCGGCUCCCCACUCCCACCUCGCCAGCCUCCUCUCCGCCGUCAAGUCAGGGUUCGGCCUGGUCUCGGCAUGCACCAGCAACACCACCAGCACCUCCUCCCCCUCCUCUUCCUCCUCCUCCUCGGAGACAUCGUCAGACUCCGCCCUCGCAGCCCGCCUGGCAGCCCUCCAGGACGCGCAGUCCAUCAUCCAGGAUACCCUGCUGCGCGCCUUCUCACCCUUCGCCCUCAUAACCACCACCACCACAACAACAUCAACAGCAUUGUCAUCUUCAACCGAUUCCAACAACGCCACCUCUGCCACAGCGUCUACGCAGCAGUUGCGUCAGUCGCUGCUGCUGCCCCCCGGCAGUGUGACAGGGGCAGCGGCGCCCAACAACUCCGCCCCGCUGCCGGUGCUGCUGGCGGCCAUUGAUGCGGCGCUCACCAGCCCCCUGUCGUACACAGGUGCUGGGCUGUACUCUCUGGCCCAGCCCGCGCUCCUGGCUCUCGAGCACCUGCAGGGCCUGCUGGCCGCCUCCUCCCUGGACCCGGCCACCCCCCACUGCAACGACGACCUAGCCGCCUGGGCCCUCGCCCGCCUGCAACCCCUGGCGGCGGCGGCGCUCGCAACCUCCACCUCCAACGCUUCCAACACUCCCGCCUCCGCCAACGCGUGUGUCGGCAACAGCGACUCCUCCUUCUCCUCAUCGUCAUCUCCCUCUUCCAUCAGCGCAGCCAGCCUCACCGACCGCUUCCUGCUGCGGCUCUCCCAGUCGUCCCUGCUCACGGAGGCGGCGAUGUGGGGGGACACAGCGGCGGCAGCCUUCGCAUGCGCGCAGGCUCGGAACCUGAUGCGGGUAGGCCGCAACCAGACCUCCUCC